AUGGCGGCGCGACUCCGCGACCCCGCCACGCUGCUCCCGUCCCUCGUCGGGGCCUCCUCCCCCCAUUCCCGCCUCCGCGAGAUCCACGCGCACCUCCUCGUCUCGGGCCGCCUCGCCUCUCCCUCCCACCACGCCGACUUCGUCGCCUCCCUCGCCUCCUCCAGCCACCUCUCCUACGCGCGCCUCCUCCUGCCCCGGCGCCCGGCCACGCUACUCGUCCACAACGGCCUCCUCCGCGCCCUCGCCCGCGGACCAUGCCCCGGCCUCGCCUUCGCGGCCUUCCGCGAGCUCCCCCUCGCGCCCGAUCACUACUCGUUCACCUUCCUCGUCCGCGCCGCGACCUCCCUGGCCGCCGCCGCCUCCUCGGCGACGCCCGUGCCCACCGAUGUCGCCGUGAGCCUGCUCGCUGGUUCCGUGCACGCGGCGGCGUUCCGCCACGGCCAUGCAGCGGACCUGCACGUCCAGAGCGGCGCCGUAUCCAUGUACGCGGCGGUCGGGGACGUGGGCGCCGUGCGGGCCGCCUUCGCGGAGAUCAUGAGCCCGGACGUGGUGUGCGUCACUGCUAUGUUGGGCGCUCUCUCAGCCGGAGGCGAUGUUGACACUGCGCGCGAGCUGUUUGACAGAAUGCCGCAGCAGGACCAUGUCGCCUGGAACGCCAUGCUCACAGGUUAUGUGCGCGUGGGCAGGGCAAGGGAAGCCUUGGGGCUGUUCGACGAAAUGCAGAAGGCUGGGGUUUCUGUCGGUGAGGCGACUCUGGUGUCAGUGCUCACUGCCUGUGCACAGAUGGGUGCACUAGAACGUGGCAUGUGGGUGCACUCCUAUGUGUGCAGCCGAGGGAUGCGGGUUUCGGUCACACUGGGCACUGCUUUGCUGGAUAUGUAUUCCAAGUGUGGAGUUGUCACGAUGGCGAUGGAGGUGUUCGAGAGCAUGACCGAAAGGAACAUCUACACCUGGACCAGCGCACUGAGCGGCCUCGCGAUGAAUGGCAUGGGGGAGGAGUGUCUUGAGCUGUUCAAGCGUAUGGAGAGCACAGGCAUGGAGCCUAAUGGUGUCACAUUUGUCGCGGUGCUCCGUGGAUGCUCCGUGGCUGGGUUGGUAGAAGAGGGACGAGCAUGCUUUGAUUCGAUGAAGGAUAAGCACAAAGCUGAGCCUUGGCUUGAGCACUACGGCUGCAUGGUUGAUUUGUAUGGUCGAGCAGGGUGUCUGGAUGAUGCUGUCAAUUUCAUCAAUUCUAUGCCAGUGGAGCCACAUGAAGGUGUCUGGGGAGCACUACUCAACGCUUCUCGGAUUCACAACAACGCCGAUCUGGGCAAACACGCAAUGUACAAGCUCACGAAGAUUGAGUCCAAAAAUGAUGCGGCUCACGUGUUGCUGUCUAAUAUAUACGCGGAGUCGCACAACUGGAAGGGCGUCAGCAAAGUUCGGAACAUGAUGAAGUCCAAGGGAGUGAAAAAGGUGCCUGGGUGUAGUGCCAUUGAGGUUGAUGGCAAGGUGCAUGAGUUCUUCGUCGGGAGCAAGUCUCACCCCAGAUACAAGGAUAUCGAGACCAUGCUUGCAGGUAUGAGCCAUAAGCUGAGAUUGCAAGGGUACACCGCAAACACAAAAGAGGUAUUAUUCGAUAUCGAGGAAGAGGAGAAAGAAGGUGCGAUCUCCUUGCACAGUGAGAAGCUUGCCCUCGCCUUCGGUCUUAUCACGUUGCCAGAAGGCACGGUGAUCAGGAUCGUGAAGAACUUGAGAGUGUGCAAGGACUGCCAUGAUUAUACCAAGAUGAUAUCUAAGGUCUUCGACAGGGAGAUUGUUAUGAGAGAUAGGAAUAGGUUUCACCAUUUCAAGCAUGGCGCGUGCUCCUGUAGGGAUUACUGGUGA